UUGACGAUACUGAGUAGCAAUAGAUUUAACUUUUUACUUUCACGUUGUAGGCCUCGUUACAUGAUAGAUAAGAUAGUCCAGAUCAGCAAAUCUGUUAGCAAGAGUAGUGACGCGACGAGUCUCGUAUUCCUGGUUUUGGAUGAUCACGGAACCUCGUGUUCCAGCUUCAUGCUCUCCGUGAUGCCUAAGGAUCCAAAUCCUCAGCAGACUUUAAAAACCAUGGAGAAUAAAGUGAAGGAGGCCAAGUAUGCUUACGAAAUUGCUCUUUGGAUGUCCCGGAAUCCCACUCGAGAUAUCAGCGAAAUGGAUUUAGAUCUCAAGGCGGAAUACGCGCAUUAUAAAAAACCGCGCAACGAAGCUGAAGAGAGUCACAUAGAGCAAGAGGCGCGUGAAAGCGUCCUUUGCAUGUUACAUAGGGGCAUGGGGGCGAAUCAAGAUUCAAAUGCCAUGACAUCCACGUUUUACAAUUAUGAUACUAUAGUUAUGGGCGUCAGCGCCCGGCCACCCGGCCGAAACUACGUACCACAUCUGGUUCAUCGAACAAUAACUAGUUCUUUACCAUACCAACAAAGACUUCAGAUACCUCAACAUACAAGCACUAUGUCACUGCAAGAACCUGGCACGAGUGCCUUGCAAGUUCAACGCUCAAAUAAUUAUAUGGAGUACCUUCAGCCUCCGCCACUCUCUGCCAGUGGAUCAGCAGUCACUGUAAGAGUUAUAAGCGAAAGCGAAUCUGAGACGAUGACACCGCAGCGUAUUUCGCUGCAACCCUCGCCUACGCCAUCAAGAAGUUCGAUGCAAACUUCCAGUACUCAUACGUUACGAGUCCAAGAACCACAGAACAAUGUCACCACUCUUAUACACAGCCUUCCCGAUUUAACGAUAGAACCUUCCACUCCUAGGACUACAUCGAGUCCCACACACCCAAUACACAUGUCAGCAUCAGUCAAGCUUUACAAAUCCCACCAACAAUUAUUAAGCCAACGCCAUAAAACACAAGGACAAUAUUUGACACCCGACCAAAGAGGUGCCAGCUAUCCACCACCAAGUCCUACGAGAGCAUCUCUUAAGCGUGGUCUUGCGUUCUCGUAUUCAUUCAAACAUCCGCCCCUCUAUAAAAUGGGUCACGUAGCGAGUCAAUCGACAACCCAAUUCGAACCUGUCCCAUCGACAAGUCAACAGGUUGAGAGAACAGAAAGCCCAAGACCUUGUUCGAGCUUAGAAAAAACAGAGAAAAAAUCAAAGCUGACAAGCAGCAGGCGGAAGCGUCGGGACAUAAGCCAAGACAGAUACUCCGAGCCUUGCACUAGUCGCCGAGAUGAGAGCCCCGACCCCUUCCGCCGAGAGGAAAGCCCCAGCCCUAGCUAUAGAGAUGAAAGCCCUGGAACUAGUUAUAGGGAUGAAAGCACUGAUCUCAGUGGUAUCGACAGAAGUUCUAGCCUAAGCCAUAAAGAUGAGAGUCCUGGUACUAGCUAUAGAGGAGAGAGCCCUGCCUAUAGAGAUUAUCGGCGAAGCUCCAGUGGAAGAGACAAGAGCUCUGAACGAAGCCAUGAAGAAAGUCCAGAUCCAAGAAGUGUAGAAUUAAGUCCCUCUUCUAGUUACAGAGAAAAGAGUCCCGAACGAUACAGAGAUAGUAGCGGUUCUGAUCGGCAUAAAGACAUGAGUUCAAGCCCUAGUCGAGGAAGCGUUAGUCCUGACCCUGCGCAAAGAAAAAAGAGCUUCAGUAGCAAAGCUGUAAGCCUUAGCCCAAUCGCAAGUACUGAUGAAAUUCCUGGACUCAGCAUUGGUGAUAGCUCUCGAACUAGUCUCAAAGAAGAUGACUCGCAAAAGAGUCCGGAUUAUCGUCACAAAGAGAAAAGUCCCAGCGCACGCAUUACGGAUGAAAGCUGGAGUGAUAGUACAGAAAGAUUAGAAAUAAGAAAACCAGCACUUCGACCUACUCGAGAACAGACGCCGGGUCCAAGUCGAAAAAUACGAAGUCUUAGCCCGGUAGUUAUAUGCGAUAUUCCAAUAUUUUAUCAAGGAGAAUCGAGUUCCAAUAUUAUUCAACCUACACCUCUAAAAAGGGGUCUAGAAGAACCUAGUACGAGUACAAGUAAGCCUAGUCCAAGGGAAAAACGAAGAAGUUUCUUCCGACGUAGCAAAAAGAAGGAGAAGGGUACUUCAAGAUCCAUCCUAGAAAGCUGUAUAUCAGGUCAGAAAUCUGAUUCUGAAUCUGAAUACAGCAGCAAAGAACCGAGUCCAUCCUCGAGUGCAAAGAGCAAAACGUCUGAAAAUGGGAAACGCAGGUGGUUUAGAAGAAGCUAA